UCAAGUGCGAGAAAUGGAUUCAGGAUGAUGACAACAAGUCGGAGGAGUCAAAGAUGAAAUGGUGGGUGAAACGUUUGAUUGGUAGGCCAAAGGAUGUCUACAUCAGUUGGCCAUACCCAUUCACAAAAGGCAAGCUAUUUGCUAUGACUCUAACAGCUGGUUUGGAAGGUUACCAUGUCAAUGUUGAUGGGCGGCAUGUCACUUCAUUUCUUUACCGCAUUGGUUACUCUCUUGAUGAUGCAACUAGAUGUUCUUUACCGCACUACUCGAAGGACAAAUGCCUGAAGUGGGGAAUCAAGGAGAUAGUCAAUAACAUAUGUAGUGGGAAAUUUUUGCCACCCGUUGCAACGCAUGGGCAAAAAACUAGUUGAUGAGGACAUACUUUCCACGGAUACACACAUUCCUCCUACCACACAAUACGCUGAACAGGUGAUAGAAGGAUCAAUAACGCGAGCACAAGCACGCCAACUUAAUCAUUAGGUGAACUUGUUCUUAGGGCUACCCACAAAUAUUUAUAAUAAUGGAUUACUAUUUAACUAUUGUGAUGAUUUUAUUGUCCUUAGGAACCAGGGAGAAUAACCACACAAGCCCAAGUAUAUAAGUGGAGGUGAGUUCAAUUCGGAUUUGGCCCUCUUGACAGUAGAAAAUGAUAAAGGCCAUAACUGUUGAUUCCGAAGGAUUCUCGAGGCCCAUGAGUACUUGAUAGAAAGAUAAUUUCGUCUACU